AUGUCGCAAGGUAUAUAUCUCACAGAUGCUCCAGUGAGAAGACCGCAGCCCGUAGGGAAUCCGUUGUUGAGAAAAGUGCAAACUGCUUGUAGACUAUCUCUGCCUGAACCUGAUUUGGCACUGAAUCUGGAUGUGGCUGAUUACAUCAACGAAAAGCAGGGACCCUGUCCUAGAGAUGCAGUUAUUGCGAUUGUGAAAUUGAUCAACAGCAGAGACACACAUACAGCGGUCUUUGCGUUGGCUUUGUUGGACGUUUUGGUGAAGAACUGUGGCUAUCCGUUGCAUCUACAGAUCUCUCGUAAGGAAUUCCUGAAUGAAUUGGUGAAGAGGUUCCCCGAACACCCUCCAAUGCGUUAUUCGAAGGUUCAGAGACUGAUUUUGACUGCAAUCGAAGAGUGGUAUCAGACGAUUUGUAAACAUGCAGCGUACAAGGAGGAUUUGGGUUAUAUUAGAGAUAUGCAUAGACUGCUCAAGUACAAAGGAUAUGUGUUUCCCAAGAUAAACGAAUCUGAUUUGGCAGUUUUGAGACCAAGCGACCAUCUGAAGACGCCAAGUGAGAUCCAAAAAGAGCAAGAAGUGGCCCAGGCAGCAAAGUUGGAGGAACUAAUCAGGCGUGGUAGACCCGAAGACUUGAGGGAGGCCAACAAACUGAUGAAAGUUAUGGCUGGGUUCAAGCAAGACAAUGCCAACGAGGCUAAACAAACGAUUUCGAAUGAAUUGAAUAAGCUUAAGCGAAAGGCGGAUCUAUUGAAUGAGAUGCUAUCUUCUUCUGAUUCAGUUGAUCUACAGGACGAUACGAUCGUAUCGCUAUACUCCAAUUUGAAGGGUGCUCAACCUAAAUUUCAAAAAAUUAUUGAAGAAGAACACGAAGACGACAAUAUGGUUCAGGAUUUGCUUAAGUUCAACGACACAGUAAAUCAGCUUCUUGAAAAGUUUGAUCUCUUGAAGGCCGGCGACUCGAGUGCUGCUUCGCAGAUCCAUCCUUCAAACAUCGCGCCAUCUUCGGAUUCCGAUGGAACAUCCAAUGCCGGCAAUGGUGGUACAUUGGCGAAGGAAAUCAACCUUAUUGACUUUGAUGAUGAUGAAGAAACCCAAUCAUCAUCUCCUCAGCCCGCUCAAUCAGGAUCUGGUGAUGUGGUUGCAGACCUUUUAAGCGACUUGACGGAUUUGUCUAUUUCCUCUAAUUCUGCCUCCCAGAGUUUCGGUUUAGGUGGUAGCAUCUCUUUGGGUGCUGGACAGCCAACUUCUGCGGUCUCCAACACAUCAAAUGCUAACAGCUUGGACUUGGAUUUCCUGAGCGGAUUCUCGGCACAGAAUUCUGCCUCCAGCGUGUCGAAUUCUGGUCAGCAAAAAAUCGACGAUUUCAAGCUUCUGGCUGACUUCGGAGAUUCUUCGUCCUCUGCUUCUUCUGCAACAAAGGUUUUGGCCAGCGAAACUAAAAAUCUAAAGAUAGAGUUUGAUAUUAAAAGAGAAUCGGACUCUACGAUCGAGCUGAAGACCUGCUUUUCGAACGUUUCGUCCUUCACUAUCACGGACCUGACCUUUUUGGUAGCAGUGCCAAAGUCUAUGGGCCUGAGGUUACAGCCACAAUCAGGCAGUUCCCUUUCCGCGUUUGCAAGCAAUGCUGUCACUCAACAGGCAUGGAUAGACAACGCUUCGGCUGGUGCUACAAAACCACUCAAAAUUAAAUGGAAAGCCACCUACAAAAUCAAUGGAUCUCCUGUCGAGGAGACAGCCGUUUUUACUCUCCCAAAGUUGUGA